GCCACCCGCUGACAAAAACAGGAAAAGACAACGCGGAAGUAAAACUUCGAGCGGGUUUGUUUUUCUUGCCCACCAUUCUUUCCUCGUAGACGAAGCCAUACUAGCUGAAUACCCAACUCUCAGUCCACUGAAACAUGUCUAAACUACAGUCGUUCUGUGUGUUUUUAAAUGAGCGUUUAACAGCGGCAGCUUGGGAAUUUUCGGGAGUUGAGCAAACGGUAGUGGACUACCAGGAGGAGAAUGAUCGACUACGGAGACCUGCUUGCAUAACCUCUGCUCUUCUCUCCUUUCCUCCAGACUCCCUGCAGCURUCUCUCACUGUCUCUGAAGAGGAGGUUCCCCCUGAGCAGCAGCACUGUGAGCAGGAGUGGAGCCCCAGUCUGGGGCAGGAGAACCCAGAGCUUCCACAGAUUAAAGAGGAGCAGGAGGAACUCAGGACCAGUCAGGAGGAAGAGCAGCUUCAAGGMCUGGAGGCUGAUAUCAUAGAGUUCAAAUUCACUCCCUCCUGUGUGAAAAGUGAAUGUGAUCAGGAGGACCCACUUCAGCCCUUCACUUCUCCCCAAACCCAGACUGUGGAGAACAGAGAGAGUGACCCUAAACAAGUGGAUCUCACACCUUUUGUUACUGUGACCCACCUUAAGGGUCUCUACAUUCCCUGUGAACGUCCAGAUAAUCAGAACAAUGCCUCCAGCCACAGCUUAGCCGUAAACAGUGACCCAGUAGGACUUGACAGCAGCCCACCGAUGGAUCCCAACCCACCAAUAGGUGAACACUGUUCCAAACCCAGCACCACGCUUAGAAAAACUCACCACUGCCAUGACUGUGGUGAAAUGUUUGCUCUGAAAGCUGACCUGAAGAGGCAUGUGACUCUUGCCAUGCAGAGACCCAGUGAAUGCCGGGUCUGUAAAAAACGCUACAACUCCAGCUGUAAACUGAAGGCCCAUGUCCGACUCUGUCGCGGUAGGAAACCCUGCACCAGCCCUGUUUGUAGCAAGACCUUCAAACUCAAAGCAGAUCUGUCCAAGAACAUGAGGAUUCACACAGGGGAGAAAUCAUUUAGUUGUGGUUACUGUGGGAAGCGUUUCAAUCGCAAGGGGAACCUUACUGAUCAUAUUCCUGUUCACACAGGAGAGAAAGCAUUUAGCUGUGCUGACUGCGGAAAAAGAUUCAGUCAGAAGGGGACCCUACGGAAGCAUAGACUGACUCACACAGGAGAGAAACAAUUUAUCUGUGGAGACUGUGGAAAAAGCUUCUAUCAGAAGGGGGACCUAAGUAGGCAUAUACGGACUCACACAGGAGAGAAACUUUUUAUCUGUGGUGACUGUGGGAAAAGCUUCAAUUUGAAGGGGAACCUAAAGAAGCAUGAACUGACUCACACAGAAGAUAAACCAUUUAGCUGUGAUGAUUGUGGGAAAAGUUUCAAUCACAAGUCUAACUUACUGAUGCAUGUUAAAAACAUCCACAAAGGAGGAAAACAGGAUGAAAUCUUAAAGAACUGUUUAGUCACAAAAUUAGAAUAAAAAGGCAGGAUGUGGACAACACUGAGUACACGCUCAUAGACUCACAUCUAUUGGUUGGUGGAGGACGAUACGAUGAUACCUCUCCUAGGGACCUGCUCUCCAUGCUUCAGGAUUAAAGUUCCUCUGGUUUCUGAUCUAUUCUAUUGGUAACCUGCUGUUUCUCCACUCUGCUACUCUCUGGUCUACAUGGAGGGCCUAGCUACUUUACAUCUGUCUGGAGGGAGAUAGAGGUCACAGAAUGAGGCUUCUAGUCUCAACACUUUCCAAGGCUUUUUAGAGGAAAAUACCUUUUCAGGUCAUGUCACAAGUGCCAUCUCCUCUAACAGUGUCACAGCUAACCCGUUUGUAAAAUGUAUGCCCUUUGGAUAAAAUCUCCUGCUAAAUGGCAUAUACAAUGGAGUCUGAACUGAUUGACGUCCUUGAUAAAUAUGAGCAAUCAUGACUGUAUAAAAUAAAUAAUUCAAAUGCUGAGCUAUUUUGUAUGCUUAAAAGAAUUGGGAAAGUAUAUUAUUUUAUAUGAAUACAAAUGCUCAUAAAAAUAAUAUUWUUUUUUUCUCUCAGAGUAGUGGUAAAGAAGAGUAGUGGUAAACAUUGACACCCCUGAAGAUUCUAAUAAAUAAAGUAGAGGAAAUACUACAUGGAGCCUGUGACUCGAUGAACUCUACAAAAGUUUG